GUCAGAUACAACCAAUCGUUCAAUCAAAUAGAUGAUGAUGCAAAGAAGCUUGCAACACGACAAGGAACCUUCACACAUAAAUUGGCCAGCUCUAUCCUUGCAAACAUUCCAAACACUACCUCUUUUUCCCUUCUCCUUUUCUCUCAUUUUUAGCUAGCUACCUCUCCACCUAGCUCAAAUCAACCACACACCAUAUACAUAUUAUUCUUUCACUCUUCUAUUUCUUGUCUAUCAUAUAUACAUAAAGGAAAAUGGUAGGCAAUUAUACUUCUGAUAAUCUCCCACCCGGCUUUAGGUUCCACCCGACGGAUGAAGAACUCAUCAUGUAUUACCUUCGUAACCAAGCCACCGCUAGGCCAUGCCCCGUCUCCAUUAUCCCCGAAGUCGAUUUCUAUAAGUUCGAUCCUUGGGAAUUGCCCGAGAAAGCGGAAUUCGGAGAGAACGAAUGGUACUUCUUCACGCCUCGCGACCGAAAGUACCCGAACGGGGUUCGUCCCAAUAGGGCAGCCGUCUCGGGUUAUUGGAAAGCUACGGGUACCGAUAAGGCCAUCCAUAGUGGCUCAAAAUAUGUUGGUGUCAAGAAGGCUCUUGUGUUUUACAAAGGAAGACCGCCAAAGGGUAUCAAGACCGAUUGGAUUAUGCAUGAAUAUCGCCUUAGUGAUUCAAGACCAUCAAACUUCAAGCAGAAUAAUGGCUCCAUGAGGCUGGAUGAUUGGGUGCUAUGUAGAAUAUAUAAGAAGAAGAAUAUGGGAAAAGCCAUAGAGAUGAAGAUUGAAGAAGAAGAGACAAACACAAAAUAUGGGAGUUGUUUUGAGGGCACAAGUAGUGGACCACAAGUACAAGGGAUGAAGCUGCCAAGGGCAUGCUCAUUGACCCAUCUCUUGGAAAUGGACUGUUUUGGGUCAAUCCCACAGCUCUUGGUUGAGAAUAAUGGCAACUUUGGUAACCAAAACACAUUCAUGGCCAAUGGUGGAAUUUUCCCUUUUACCCUUGGUGAACAACUCCCUCACCAAUACAGCCAAAGCAAUUGCAUGCUGAAUCAGCCCAUUUUUGUGAACCCGUCUUUUCAGUUCCAGUGACAUCAUCAAUAAUGGAACAGAUCAGAUAAGCCCACUGAGAAAUUAAGGGAAUGGGAUUUGGAUUAUUAAAGGAUUGAAAGUGAUAGAAAGGCUGGCGAAAGCAAAGGGUCAUCAAUUGUAAAAUAAUAUCUCAAGAUUGGGCCAUUAAUUAAGAUCAUCACACUGUCAUGCUUUUGUCAUGCUGCAAUCAGCUGCUUAAUUUCUUAAGCGGAAAUACAUUUGGACGUUUUAAUUUUAUAUUAUUAUUAUUAUUGGUAUAUAUAUACUAAUAUACCUAUAGCUCAACCGUGUUUGGGGAAUUCAGUAUAAUUUAUUAGCACUAUUUUGCAUGUGAUAUUGUAAUAAAGCCAUCUUCUAUUGAGAAUUCAAAUCUUGUGUAAGACUUAAAUUAUUUUAUUCAAUUCUAGCCCGUGGGCCGUACGUGGCGGAGAUGGUUAUGGAUCAGCAUUUAAAAAGUACUCGGUAUUAUUUUAUUCAAUUCAAUACUCACGUAUUUGAAAGGUGCGGA